ACACACACACACACACACACACGCAGCUUCAUCAGAUCAGCAGCUCCUCCACACACACUGCAGCAGAUCUUCAGCACAGCAGUGCAGAAGUAUGUGCUGGGCUCUGGCUGGAGAUGUGCCAAUGAAAGCAGGAUGAAGUGUUUCCACAUGUUCUCAGUGGUGUAACUACAGGUGUGAGGUGUGUUGUUUACUGCUCUUUAACCCCUGCAGAGAUGUGGACCUUCAGCCUGAUAAUGACAGCGCUGGCCUGUGUGCUUUCUCAAGAUGCAGAGGAGUCUGUGUCCUACACGAGAUGCACAGAAGGCUAUGAGUACGAUCCCUUUAAAGAGGGAUGCACAGAUGUUGAUGAGUGUGUCCUCGUGUCUGAUGCCUGUAAAGCGGGCAUGAAGUGUAUAAACCACUACGGCGGAUACCUCUGCCUGCCCCAGAACGCUCAGAUCUUCAUUAAUAAUGGAAACGAACCAUCGCAGGCCUCAGACUCUGUUCCUCAAACACACACAGAGACUAACCACAGAUCUGCAGCUGCCGGAGGCUCUCAGUGCUCUGCUGGAUUCACACGCGACCAACACAACUACUGCCAGGAUGUGGAUGAAUGCUCUCAGGGCCUGCACACCUGUGCUUCAGACCAGAUCUGCUACAACAGCAGAGGCUCCUACAGCUGUCAGUGUCAGCCUGGGUACCAGAGACACGGAGACCAGUGUGUGGACAGGAAUGAGUGUCUGCUGUCCCACUACUGCAUGCACAGGUGUGUGAACACCGCCGGCUCCUACUACUGUGAGUGUAAUGAUGGAUAUCAGCUCGCCAGCAACAACCACAGCUGUGUGGAUGUGAACGAGUGUGAAGUGUCUCAGCCGUGUCAGCAUCAGUGCUUUAACCUGCUGGGCUCCUUCAUCUGCCAGUGUGAUACGGGUUAUGAACUCGGCCCGGAUGCAGUCUCCUGUGUGGAUAUCGACGAGUGCUCGUUCUCCAGCUACAUGUGCCAGUACGCGUGUGUGAACAGCGAGGGUGGAUACUCCUGCACCUGCCCAGACGGAUAUCAGAUACACAGAACAAGAAUGUGUCAAGACAUCAACGAGUGUGAAACAGCCAAUCACGAGUGCCGGGAAGACGAGAUGUGCUGGAACUAUUACGGAGGUCAUCGAUGUUACCCACGAAACCCGUGUCUGGAGCCGUAUGUGCGGACCUCAGAAAACCGUUGCUCAUGUCCGUCGGCAGCGGCGUGUCGAGGCCUGCCGCAGUCCAUCGUCUACAAAUACAUGAACAUGCAUUCAGAGCGCAGCGUUCCAGCAGACAUCUUCCAGAUUCAGGCCACAAACAUCUUCUCCAGCGCACACUACACCUUCAGAAUCAAAGACGGCAAUGACAGAGGACAGUUCUUCCUGAGGCGCUUCAGCAGUGCCGGGGCGAUGCUAGUCUUGACUCAGUCUCUGGAGGGUCCGCAGGAGCUGAUCGUGGAUCUGGAGAUGAUCACUCAACACUCACUCAUGAACUACCGCUCCAGCUCUUUACUGCGGCUCACCAUCAUCGUGGGACCUUUUCCUUUCUAAGCCCAGUUUCUACUUCUGUGUUGAGUGAUCGCUGUAUCCUCUGCACGUACUCAACGCCACUGCAAGCAUUUAUACUUCUGCGUUCUGUCUGUGUUGAAGUACCACUUCUGAAACACUAGUAGGCAGUGUGGUUUUAUGUUUCUUCACCAGUGUUUUGGGUUUAUGUCAGAAAUGUGUGGGAUCCUACUAUAGCAGUAGCUCAAUCUCACCCAUUCAGGGAAGAAAGAGGCGGGAACUGGCGAACAAUCAACAACUUUAUUCAUAAAACAAACACAAUGCAAACGUAUGCAUCCGGAACUCCUCCACAGGACUCAACACUUGUUAAACAUUUGCACCAGCCUCUUGCCCCUCCCCCUUCCUAUGGCCAAUCACAGAAAAUGCAGGAAGCUUGACAAAUGGACGAUAAUAGGGCAGAAACAAUACAUAUCAGGCCCCGCCCUAAAGAACUAAUAACUCCAACUUAAAUAACUGCUAGCCCUGCCCUAAAGGAUCGAUAGCUCCGCUCUAAUGGCACCGAUAGCCUCACCCUAAAGGAUUGAUAGCACCUCCCUAAAGGACUGACAGCACUGCCCAAAGGACUGAUAGGUCUGCCCUAAAGGAUUGAUAGCUCCGCCCUAAAGGCACCGAUAGCCUCACCCUAAAGGAUUGAUAGCACCUCCCUAAAGGACUGAUAGCUCCGCCCUAAAGGACUGAUAGCACCUCCCUAAAGGACUGAUAGCUCCGCCCUAAAGGACUGAUAGCUCCACCCUAAAGGUCUGAUAGCACCGGCCUAAAGGACUGAUAGCUCCGCCCUAAAGGACUGAUACAGUAGGUUCGCCCUAAAGGACUGAUAGCACCGCCCCAUAGGACUGAUAGGUCCGCCCAAAGGACUGAUAGCACCACUCUAACAGACUGAUAGCUCCGCCCUAAAGGCACCGAUAGCCUCACCCUAAUGGACUGAUAGCCCUGCCGUAAAGGACUGAUCACUCCGCCUUAAAGGACUGAUAGCUCCGCCUAAAAGGACUGAUAGCUCCGCCCUAAAGGACUGAUAGCUCCGCUUUAAAGGACUGACAGCUCCGCCCUAAAGGACUGAUAGCUCCGCCUUAAAGGACAGAUAGCCCCACACUAAUGGACUGAGACUCACUUUGAAGGACUGAUAACCCACCCAAAGAGAGCUAGGGUUAUCGAGACACAUCUGAGGAAAAGCCUGAGGGAGAGCACACUUCUUACUCUUGAUUGUUGUGCAGAAGUAGUUAAGUUAUGCAGCGCCACCUUGUGUACCGGAGUAUUUCAGUUUGUCAUUAAGCACCAUCUAAUGUCAGAGAGUGACCACAUAUAAUGGAGUUAUUUUAGGGAUCAUCUGUCUGACAUUAACAAUUAACUGCAGACGGACAGCUUUCAUUUGUUCAGCUUUAAUAUCUCAGUGAAAAGAGGAUCUCUGACCAGUUGAAAUGCUCACAAAGCCCAGUACUGGUAUUGAAUGUAGAGUUUAUUUUGCACUGAUGACCUGAAAAUAACCUGAUUCUGGCUUUGCAUCUGCUCAUAACUGCAAUAAACCAGCUCUAGCCUGAAACACAGAUGUCCUCUAAUGUGAAAAAUCAUCUUCUGUUAUCAAAUGUUUUGUAUUUUUCUUUAAAGAAAAAGAAUAUAUGAGACUGUUGACCAUUAAUAUUUGUACUCGGUUAUCAAUAAAGGGAAAUAGAUGUAA